AUGCAGGCAAUCUGGUCUAGAGCGGGCCAGGCGCACCGUUGCGGCUGCAAGGCCUGCUUCAGUGCCUCCGGGGGCAUGAUGCGGCAGUCGGCGACGCGCGCGACGCAACGAAAACCGACCUUUAGCGAGAUCUUCACGGCGUGCUACACAUCGAUAAUGGGAACGGCAGCGGUUUUGGACGCAGAGAGGAAAGACAGGCGGCGAAAGGAUCUGGACCGACAAAUUGAAGAGGUCUCGAACGAGCUGGCAAAUCUUGUCGAAAAGGGACAGAAGAAGGCUCCUACGAAACCGCCUGCUGGGGACAUUGGCAACCGAUAUCCAGGCGCUUUGAAAGACCACGUGCGACAAAACCCCGAAAUCAGCAAGAUGCUCGACGCCCUAGGACCCUCACAUAAGUGGCAGAAAACUGUUGCAACAAAGGCCGACGUGGACCGUUUUUGGGAGAUAUACGAGCUGAGCCCUUCGAACAAAGUUAGAGGGGUCGACUACGAUGCGUUAAUGAAGGAGCUCAUCGAGGAAGAGGGGGUACCUAUAAAGCACCGUCAACCGCGGACGGUCAGGCAAGCCAAGGCAGCAGAAGUGGCAGCAAAAGCUUUGGUCUACAGAUUCCUCGACGCAGGCGACUACAUGAUUGGAAGCGAAAGGAUGCAAACGACACGAGAAGAGGUAGCCAAGCUGAUGAAGAGCAAGCUGCCUAUAUGGCACCUAGAACUGAGCGCUGAGGCUCUGAAUACGUGCAGCUUGGAGCUGAACCAGGUAUUGAGGGAGAUUUUUGACGCCUCGACUCCCUCGAACGUUGACCAUACGAUUCACAGUCUGUGUCACAAUAUCCUCACAUCGCCUCAAGCCCUCAGCAUACACACAUACAACCACCUUAUUGCGGGCCUGGACAAAGUCGGGAUGCAUCGCCUUGCUUCAGAGGUGGUCGGUUCUUUCUUCCAUGGCAAGCUUGAGCCAACGCAGCACACCCUGGUCUGUAUCCUGAAUCACUUCAAGGCGACACAUGACAUAGACAGCUUUGCGGGCUUCAUCGCUCGCAUGGUUGGCAAAGACCAACGAGGUGUCAACAUCCGCAGAAAGACACACGGUGAAGUAGCGACGUUUUUCCGCAUUCACGGAUGGGCCAUGAAGAAAGACGUUGCAGUCGCCUCCCAUUACGUCGUCGAGAGGGCGCGUUUCGACGAAAAAGUCUUUGCCGCCAUUAUCGAAGGCAUGUUGGCGUUUUCUAGACUGAGAGCUGCCGUGGGCGCAUUUGCGGCAAGCAUCGCGGCCGACCUCACAAUUAGCAUGCGGACCAUAUCCGAGCUGCUCGAUUGUUGCGCACGCUCUCUGGAUCGAAUAGCUGCGGACAAGGUUUUGAAAGCACUGGAAACCAAACCCGAGCUGAUUAGUCAAGCAUUCACUCAAGAGAACGACCAACUAUAUCUCGCGCGACGCAUACGGAGCUUACUGGACAUUUGCGGCCGUGAAGACGAGUCGCCGACCAGCGUAGCACCGUUCUUGAAGAAGCCUGUGUUCUCGAUUGUAUUGAGUGAGGAACAGAAACGAGUACUUCACAUCGCACGAAUAGCCCACGCCGUGGGCCAAACG